AUGGAAAAAAUAAUACAUGAAAAAAAUACAAAUGAUUCUCCAACCCCCGAAAAUAUUAAAAGGAAUUGGAAUAAAUUUGCAUACUACUUUAAAAAUUUUACAAGUUAUGAAGUGGAAAAUUUUAUCUCUUAUAAAAACUUUGUAAAUUGGUUACAUAGACCAACAGAUUCAGCAGCCUUAGGUGUUUUUCGUUUACUAUUCGGAUUAGCAAUGUUAAUAGAUAUUCCUGAAGAAAGGGAAGGAGGUCAUAUUGAUGUUAGAUUUGGUGAUCCAAAAAUUUGUCAUUUCCCGUUAAUAGACAGUAUACAACCUUUAAGUUUACCAUUAAUAGGUGUUGUUUAUUUAGUGAUGUGGGUUGGAGCUCUUGGAAUUACUUUAGGUUAUAAAUUUAAAUUAUCAUGCUUAUUAUUUUCUAUACCAUAUUGGUAUAUAUUUUUGUUGGAUAAGACCGCAUGGAAUAAUCACAGUUAUUUAUAUGGUUUAUGUGGUGUUCUAUUAUUUUUUACUGAUUCACAUAAAUUCUGGUCAAUUGAUAAUUUGAAGUCACAAGAAGUGGAACAGUCAUGUGUGCCAUACUGGAAUUAUUUUUUGAUCAAAUUUCAAUUUUUCAUUCUUUAUUUUUAUGCUGGUUUGAAAAAAUUAACAGCAGAAUGGUUAUCUGGUUAUUCAAUGACAAAUUUAGGAUAUCAUUGGUUAUUUUUACCUCUUAGAUAUUUUUUGAGUGUAGAAUUAAUUGAACUAUUGAUAAUACAUUGGACUACGGCUAUUUUUGAUGUAACAAUAGCAUUUUUAAUGACAUGGAAUAAAUCUAGAAUUUGGGCAACACCAUUUAUGUUAACUUUUCAUUUAAUGAAUUCGAGACUAUUUUCAAUAGGAAUGUUUCCAUGGGUGUGUUUGGCUGAAGCUCAUUUAUUUUUUCAACCUGAUUGGCCAAGAGUAUUUAUACAUAAAGUAAAAACUUUUUUAUUUAAACUUCGACAAACGAAAUACGCAACAAAAAGAUCAACGCAAUGUAAUGUAAAUAACACAAUUACGAAAACCAAUACAAAUUGUUUUCAAAAAGAUGCUAAGAUAUUUACUCCAAUCUGUGUAAGAAAAUCAGAAGUAACGCAAAGCUUUAGGGUUUGCCUUAUUAUUUUAUAUUGUUUAACACAAUUAUUCUUACCCUAUUCUCACUUUAUAACUAAAGGGUAUAAUAAUUGGACAAAUGGUCUAUAUGGAUAUUCGUGGGAUAUGAUGGUUCAUUCUUAUGAUACUAUAUCUGUAUCUAUAAAAAUUGUAGACAAUGAAAAUAAUGAAUCUCAUUUUUUAAAUCCUUAUGCCUUCUCACAAUAUGAUAGAUGGACUAAGCAUUCAGAUAUGGCUUAUCAAUAUGCAAAAUGUAUUCAGAGAAAUUUAAUUAAUGAUUUAAAAAUUAAUCCAAAUUCAAUUAUUAAAUCCGCAAAUUUUUCUAUUUAUUUUGAUAUAUGGUGUUCUAUGAACGGUCGAUUUCAGCAACGUGUUUAUGAUCCAAGACAAGAUCUUACAAAAGCGGUAUGGCAUCCUUUUAAAAAAACUACUUGGGUUUUACCAUUGCUUCAUGAAUUGAAUUAUAUGCGACCCAAAUUAAGCGAAAUAACAAAAGAUGUAUUAUCAUGGUCAAAUUAUUCCGAUGUCCUUUUUAUAGCUGAUUUUCCAGGAUUAACUUUAGAAAAUUAUAUAGCACCAGAACUAUUCAAUAUAACACUAAAUGUAAUUGAAGGAAAAGUAGACUUUAUUCACAAAAACAAAUUAAUUGUUUUACGUUCAGGGAACAAUUUUCCAGUAGAAUCCGGCCGCCACAAAGUUAUAACGAGAGGAGAUAAAGCAUCCUCUUACAUGUACACUUUUGUGAAUAGGACAAUGUUAAAUUUGAAAGAGAAUUCAGGAAUUAUGAAUAAGAAUGACAAAUGGCUUCCAAUUUGGAAUGAGAUAUUAGAAAGAGCAGAAAAUUAUAGGGAUUUCUUUUAUCAUGUAGGAAAUUCAUUCCUUUUCUUAAUAUAUGGGGUUCCAAUGCCAGUAAGAAUUCGAGAACAUAACUAAAACUUUUUUAAAAAGUUAAUUUACAGACCAAAGUUAAUGUAUUUUUUUUUAAUACAUAUUAAAUAUUUUUUGUGUAUAACGAUAAAUAAACUAUAAUUUAAACUACUUGUUUG